GCAGAAAUAUAUUCCAGGACAGGUGCUUGCCAGUUGCCGCAGCUUUUAUUCUCCUUCUUCAGAGUGUUGCUGCUUAACUCUUCGUCUCCAAUCCUUUCUCUAGUGGAAACAUUACAGUAUUGCUGACAGUCACGAUGGGAGCAGCAGAGUCAUCUUCCAAGCCUGUUGGUUCCGUUCAUGACUUCAUCGUUAAGGAUGCGAAGGGGAACGAUGUGGAGCUCAGCAGAUACAAGGGCGAAGUUUUACUUAUCGUGAAUGUUGCAUCUCGUUGCGGUCUGACAAACUCCAACUACACUGAACUGGGUCAGGUCUACGAGAAAUACAGGGACAAAGGAUUCAAGAUAUUGGCAUUCCCGUGCAAUCAAUUUGCCGGACAGGAACCAAGUAGUAACGAGCAGAUUGUGGAGUUUGCCUGCAACCGCUUCAAAGCAGAGUUUCCUAUAUUUGGCAAGGUUGAUGUGAAUGGCAACAAUGCUGCCCCGCUGUACAAGUUCUUGAAGUCAGAGAGAGGUGGUCUAUUCGGAGAGCGUAUCAAAUGGAACUUCACCAAGUUUCUAGUUGACAAAGAGGGGCAUGUCGUUAAUCGAUAUGCACCAACCUGUUCCCCAUUCAACAUUGAGAAUGACAUCAAGAAGUUGUUGGGGGUUUGAGGUAUCUCCAUGGAAGAUCAUGCAUCGGUGUGUCACAUGUAUGUCGUUGUCUGUUCUUUUCGCUAGUGUAUGUGAGUCUUAACUAUAUUAAGAGUAACUCAAGUCUGUUGUAUGAGACGGUGUGUUCUGCACGAUGCAACGAAAAUACAUUUCACCGAAAUAUAAACAAGAUUAUCUCGCUGCAA